UUGGGCUCCAAAAUAAUUCCAUUGCCUGAAGUUUAUAACCUGUUUUACGUCCGGUUUUUUUUUUCACACAAGAUCGGGAAUUUUCACUCUUCUUUCUCCAUUGCUCGCUGGUGCUUUUGAGAGGACCAAAAAAUAUGGGCAAGAUGUUCAAGAGCAAGGCUCCUCCGUCAAAGGAGGCUGCAGGUGCUCCUCCUGCUGCUUCUGCAACUGAGGUAGAGAGGGCGAGCUACCCUGCUGGUAUGGUGACUACGCCGAUUCCUCGAUUAACAUGGCGAUCCGCGGUGAUGGGGGUUUUUGUGUCAAUGGGAGGGUUUCUCUUCGGCUAUGACACUGGACAGAUCUCAGGUAUUCUGGAGAUGGAAGAUUUCAAGAGACGAUUUGGCGAACCUGGUCGCAAGGACUACAUGUUCUCGAAUGUUCGUGCAGGAUUGAUUGUGGCGCUGGUAAGAAUACCCCCAUUCUCAUGGAUGCAUCCAUCGGAGCAAGGAUUGAUCUCCCUUGCUUCUCGUUCUUUCGGAGGCUAACCCUCAGUUUCAUGAUGACAGCUCUCGGUUGGAACGUUGAUAGGUGCCCUGAUAGCCGGUCCGUUGGCCGACAGGGUUGGACGGAAGUGGUCAAUAUCUUUCUGGUGCGGAGUCCUUUCGGCUGGUAUCAUUGUCCAAAUAACUUCGCAAGAACCAAAAUGGUACCAGGUAGCUAUUGGACGGUGGGUUACUGGUCUAGGAGUCGGGUCUCUCUCUCUACUUGUCCCCUUAUAUCAAGGAGAGAGUGCUCCUAGGCAUAUUCGCGGUGCUCUAGUCAGUACCUACCAACUCUUCAUCACACUCAGCAUUUUCAUUGCCAAUUGCAUCAACUACGGAACAGAAGCUCGUCCGGACUCUAGCUCUUGGCGAAUUCCGAUGGGAGUCACUUUCAUCUGGGCAGCUAUCUUAGGAUUCGGCAUAGUCUUCUUCCCCGACACACCCCGAUAUGACUAUCGACACAACCGAGUCGAAAAGGCCAAGCGAACAAUGAUGAAGCUCAACGGAGUUCCAGAGAACCACGAAAAGCUGCAUGAAGAGUUCAACGAAAUCAAACGUCAGCACGAAGAAGACCAACUUACCAAGGACCAACCGUGGUAUCAGAUAUUUUUUGCGCCCACUAUGCGCUCCAGAUUGCUUCUCGGAAUAACACUGCAAGCUUUCCAGCAGUUGACGGGUGCAAACUACUUCUUCUACUAUGGAACUUUUGUCUUCAGAGGUGCUGGCCUGAGCAACAGCUACGUCACCCAGAUGAUUCUAGGAGCUGUAAACUUCAUCGCUACCUUUAUCGGAUUAUACAACAUUGAGCAUUUCGGAAGACGCAAGUCUCUCAUUGGUGGAGCUCUCUGGAUGUUCGUCUGCUUCGUCAUAUAUGCUUCUGUCGGCCACUUCGUACUCAAUCACGAUGAGCCGGCAUUAACCCCUGGAGCUGGCAAAGUGAUGGUUGCUUUCUCAUGUCUAUUCAUUGUUGGAUUCGCAUGCACAUGGGGACCAAUGGUAUGGGCUAUCAUCGCCGAAUUAUACCCGUCUCGAUACCGUGCUACCGCAAUGGCAAUGGCAACAGCAUCGAACUGGCUGUGGAACUUCCUUUUGGCUUUCUUCACGCCCUUUAUUGUUGGUGACAUCGAUUUCUUGUACGGCUUUGUGUUCGCUGGCUGCCUGAUAAUUGCUGCCGCUCUCGUCUACUUUGGUGUCAUUGAAGGUGCAGGACGAACUCUCGAGGAAAUUGAUUUAAUGUACCAUUUGCAUGUCAAACCCUGGAAGAGCUCUAAAUACGUUAUUCCUCCUUCUUUCCAGAAGAAUGGAGAUUCCAAUGGAGGAAAUGGAACAUCUGCUCCCGCCUCACAGGGUCAACCUGUAGAGCUUGCUACCGCUUCUCAGGACCAACCUGCAGAGCUUGCUACAUAAGCCCCUUAUGAGCCAACUCCCUCGUUGAAUGAUAUCAUGUCGUUGAAUUCUCCAAAUCCUGUUUUACCCAUAGCAAGUUAAAUCACAUUAUACCGAACUGCUGGAUUUUGUGUAUAGCGUCUGGUUUCGCUUCUUGGUUGUAUAUAUACAGUUUAUUCCCAUGGGCCUAAAGUCAGAAUUUUUCUUGACUGUCAUAUCGUCAAUUUAUUCAUCUUUUCAUAAGCUUUUAUUUCAUACAAAAUCGCAACCCUGCCUCCAAGUUGCACAAAACUUUAUGCAGUAAUGCAGUCCAAAUAACCGAAUACUCUCUACAUACUGGAGAGCAUACCUCGGUUCCCUUUGCAUUGUAACUUGAGCCUCCAUGUCAGUGGAGACGUCUUAUAGCCUUGAAGCGGGUGAAAGGGCAUGGCGGCUGGGUUUUAACCCCAUUGGUGGAGGCCAACUAUCGUAAAAUCCCAGUGGCAGCGGCCAGGGGUGUUUUUUUCUAUGAACUGGGAAAACGGUGUGAUGAGCCUAGAGAAACACUUUAUGAACGGGACUUCUCUUUCUGUGCCUGUUCAUAUACCCAGUCGUUUAGACCAGCGCGGUUUCUAUUUUUCCCAAAUUAAGUUGGUUUCUGCCAUCACAUCAUGUUCUUGGGGAAAUGACAAACCUUGCGAUUUCAAUGGCAUAAAACUGCAUACGGACAACUAUAUGCACAACCGCAUGUCAGCCUUAAACAUUUCUUGCAUUAUCCCUGUAUAAUUUUCCCCCAUACCAUACAACGCGUCAGGGUUUUGCAUUGCUUACCGAAAAUAGUCUCUUUUUCUCCGUACUCAAAUUUCGGGUUUGCUCUCAAGAGAGUACCAAAGUUGUAAUCAGCAACUUUCUCUUCAUAUUGCUUCAUCCAGUUUCGCCAUUUUUCCUUGCCAGCCUUGCUCUUCAUUUCAUCCUCGUCAAUUGUCGCGGCAGGGUCGAAGUCAGGAAACUCGGUCUUGAAGCUCUCAUAUAUCUCAUCAUCCAACUUUGUGAGUCGAAGUUUUGAUCCGGGUGCUCGCUCGAGAAUGGCCCAGUAUGUUGACAUUUGCUGCACGGCUGUAGGCAAUAUAGGAGGUAAGUAAAGUGUUUACCUCGCAGGGUGCGAGAAGCAUGGAAGCCAAACCUUUAACCGCAAAUUGCUUUUCCAUCUGGAGAGUUUUUGUUAAUUUGCUUGCGCUGCAAUACUAGAAGCCGAAGUAAA